GAUUUUAAUUUCGAUAGCUCCCAAAGACUCGAAGUAAAAAGCGUGUGGUCACCACGACGUCGUCUUCUUAAUCUCGCCCCACCCCCUCUCCAAGCCCUCUCUCUCUCUAGAACUUUCUCUCUCUACAACCCAAAACGAAGGUCAAUAAUUCGGUUCCACCUAACACAGCGAUACCUUUCCUCAUCGUCUUCUUCGCCAUCCUCUCUCUCUCAAGCUUUCUCGCUGUCAUUGAAUUUUUGCCCCUUCGCAAAACCUCUCUCAAGGUUAAUUUUCUCGGCAUUGGAGAUGGAUUCCUUUUUCAAUUUCAAAGCUCCAAGUGACGAUUGUGUGCCGUCUGAGCUAGACAUUCUCAAAUGCCCAUUUUUGAGAAACAUCAAUGAGCCCACCAACUUUUCCUUCGCCUCAUCCUUGGCGUUCCCAGUGCCUGGACGUGGAGCCAAAGGUCCAAUUUUUGAAGAUGGUCCCAAUUUUGACAUGGCAUUUCGGCUUUUCCAUGGGAGUGACGGAGUUGUCCCGCUUUCUGGAAAAUCAUAUGUGCAUUCUGACAUAGUUGAGCCUCGACCAGCCCCACCCAUGUUCAAUCCAUUAGCUGCAAAGGCAGCUACGAUCAGUCUCUCAUCCUUUGGUGCUGGAGGGCCAUUCAGUUUCGAUGCAUUCCAUAAGAAAUGGAAGAACCAGCAAAAGAAAUCUAAUUCCUCGAAAAAAGAUUCUACUUCAAAGGGAGGAAAUUCUAAUCACGAGGCAGUGAGCAAUGAGUGGCUGCAAUCCGGAAACUGUCCGAUCGCAAAGUCAUACCGUGCUGUUAGUGGUGUCAUUCCACUAGUCGCAAAGGCUUUUCAGCCCCCCCCAGGCAUGAAAAUCAAGUGCCCGCCAGCAAUAGUUGCAGCCCGAGCAGCCCUGUCGCGAACUGCAUUUGCAAAGAACCUCCGCCCGCAACCCCUUCCUGCAAAAGUACUUGUGAUUGGAGCGAUGGGCAUGGCAGCCAAUGUUCCUUUAGGGAUAUGGAGAGAGCACACCAAGAAAUUCUCACUAUCUUGGUUCGCCGCUGUGCAUGCAGCUGUCCCAUUCAUAGCCUUACUUCGGAAGUCUGUGCUGAUGCCUAAAUCAGCCAUGGCGUUCACCAUUGCCGCAUCAGUACUUGGACAGGUGAUUGGCUCCAGAGCAGAACGGUACCGUCUGAAGGCGGUGGCUUCUAAAAGUUCACCUCUGACUGAAACCUCCGCUGGUGUUGUGACAGCGCAGACAAGCGAGCUACAGGUGCUCCAAGCGAAAACUGAAACCUCUGCUGGUGGUGCGACAACGCAGACAAGCGAGCUACAGGUGCUCCAAGCGAAAACCGGCCACUGCAAUGCGAUGGAGGAGUGGAAUUCAGUUUCUCUUCAGGUGGCGCGUCCUUCGUCAUCCACAGAUGUGUUCUAAUGAUUUGUUUGUAUUUCGAUGGGCGCUGAUCGAUCCGUUCCAUCGUUUCUAUGUAUUUAACGGAGUAUAAUUCUCUGUUUGGUUUGUGACUCCAAACACUGUCCAAGUUCUCUGAAGACCUGAGAGAAGAAUAAAUGUAUAAUUCGAAUGACGAUUUUUUCGAGUUGUUUCCCUUCCUUCAAGUUUUAUGUAUUUGACUAUGACCUGUAUCCAGAGGUGUACUAGUUGUACAAGGUGUUUAGAAAAUAAAGUACUUUGCUUCUUUGAUUUAAA